CUGUAGAUUCCCUUUACACGACUGCGACGCACAGCAGAAUGCUGAUACCAUUCAUGGUACAGUGAUAAGGUCCUGCGCUUAAUUCUGUUCAGAUAUAGCAUUCGGUAUCGGAUCAUCAAGUGGCACAUGUCACGUUUGCACCCUAUAAAGUCACUUUGGUCUCGCUCGAGCGUCAGGUCCAACGAAUCCCCUUCUACGAUCAUGGCAUCCCUGCCAAAUGAGCCUGUCACGUUGGCCGUCAUCGGCUGUGGUCAGAGAGGGACUAACUAUGCUGAAUAUGCCCUCGGUCACCCGAAGCAGUGCAAGGUCGUUGCUAUUGCAGAACCGAGGCCAAAGACCCGCGAUAUUUUUGCCCGUAAUCAUAAGCUCGAUCGGACCCUUGUGUUCAAUGACUGGCAGGAACUCUUAAAGGCUUCCACUGAUACCAUUCAAACUAUUGGGAAGCGUCUUGUGGACGCAGUAAUUGUUGCGGUGCAAGACCACAUGCAUUGUGAAGUGGUGUCGGCAUUCGCAGCCCAGGGGUACCAUAUACUUUGCGAGAAACCCAUGGCUACAAGCCUGCAAGACUGCCUCGAAAUGGAGAAGGCAGUCAAGAACGCUGGUAUCAUUUACGGAGUUGGUCACGUCUUGCGCUACUCUCCUUACAGCAAGGCCGUUACCGAAGUGGUCCGUUCAGGACAGUUGGGUGAGCUAAUCAACGUGGUUCACAUCGAGCCCGUUGGUUACUUUCACUUUGCUCACUCUUUCGUUCGGGGUCAUUGGAAGAAAGAAUCUGAAAGUUCUUUUUCUCUCAUGACCAAGUGCUGCCAUGACAUAGACAUCCUCUGCCACUGGCUUUACCCUGCGACUCCGACGCGAAUCUCUUCGUUUGGCUCUUUACAGCAUUUUCGUAAGGAGAAGAAGCCCCCUGCAGCAGGCACUGCAACUCGCUGCCUAGAAUGUUCAAUAGAACAAGAUUGCCCAUACAGUGCAAAGAAAAUAUACCUGGAACCUGUUUCUCGCGGAAAUACUCACUGGCCAGCCAGCACUAUUGUGGACGGAAUACCAGACAUAGAGAAUAUCACCGGUGCUCUACGCAAUGGACCUUACGGACAAUGCGUGUAUGAAAGUGAUAAUGAUGUCUGUGAUCAUCAGGUUGUAAAUAUCGAAUAUUCAUCAGGAGCCACCGUCUCGUUUACGAUGGUGGCAUACACCUCCUUGAUUUGCGAACGUCAGACACGGUUGCAUUUCACGCACGGCGAGAUAGUCGGCGAUAUGAAUAAUUUUACUGUCGCCGACUUCCGCACGGGUCAUAAGACGACGCACCACCCGAAAAAUGAAGGUGGUGGCCACGGAGGCGGAGACCUGGGUCUUAUCCGUACUUUUGUCGAGGCCGUGCGCACGAACAAUCAAGAACUACUGGGGACUGAUGUCUCUGAGGUGCUCAAGAGUCAUCUCACCGUAUUUGCUGCUGAGACAAGCAGGAGGGAAGGCACAGUGGUUGAUUGUGCGAAGUUCGAGAAAGCUAUCAGAGCAGAAUUAGAAAUGAAAUAAGUUCCUUAUCACCGCUACUACAUCAUCCACCUUGUAGCAUAAGCUGGCGAAGUACUACAACCCUCUGGUUGCAUAUAAUCCAAUUUCCGAUCAUCCACACCGCUAUUAGAGUCUUGAUAAACAUAGGGUACCAGAUCUCGCAAAUUCGCCUAGAAACUUUGAAUACAGGAUCGAAGAAAUCAAACAGGUACGAUGAUUCAAUUCGACUUUCCCCGGGGCUGCCGUCCUGUGGGUCGGACAAAUGCAAUUUCUUUGCUUGUUAGUUUACGUCGUGUCCUAGUAUCAUUAUGAUUGGUUGUAUUUGUCCGCGCUGAUCUGGAAGUGGCGAGUGGGUGGAAAAAGACUGAGAUCUGAUAGCUAAGACUUGGAGAGUGAGAUCUUGAGAGACGACUGCAAGAUGGCAGCGCC